GCAGGCAGUUCUAGCUGCAGCGUUGACGUUCUGUGCGUGCACCGAUGGGUAUCUGUUGCCAACGCAGAAGCAGGUUUUUAACGUCCGAGAUUUCGGAGCGAAAGGAGAUGGAAGUACAAUGGACACUAACGCCGUACGAAUGGCUUUUGAAGCUUCCAGAAAAGUGAAUGGAGGCAUGGUGUUGUUUGCGGCCCCUGGAAUCUACUUGACUGGAGCAUUUAACAUCAGCAGCAAUACUGUUGUGUUUGUAGACAAAAAUGCAAUCAUACAAGGAAGUAGUAAUGGUGAUGACUACCCGUUGAUUUUACCUCUUCCAUGGUAUGGUGGUGGUAGUGAUGAUCAGGGAAGUGGAAAAUUGAUGCACCAAUCUCUACUUCAUUCUAAUAGUGCUCAUAACAUUACGAUUACAGGAUAUGGAACUAUUGAUGGAAAUGGUAUGCCGUGGUGGAAAUGUGCUCACGACAUUAAGAAACCUCCUUGUAAUGAUCACUCUCGUCCGCAUCUAGUUAUGUUGGUUGAGGGAGAAAACAUUGAAAUCAGCAACAUUGAAAUGAAAAAUUCUCCUAGUUGGACUCUUCACUUAGCCAAAUGUUCACAUGUUCAUGUUCACAAUGUUACAUUCCAUAACCCUAGCGAUGCACCCAAUGCUGAUGGGAUUGAUGUCGAUUGCUCUCAAGAUGUUGUAGUUGAAGAUUGCACUUUGGAUGUGGGCGACGAUGCUCUUUGUGUUAAAUCCGGUAAAGAUUGGUUUGGACGAACAUUCGGUUCUGCAUCAAAAAAUAUUGUCUUUCAAAAUAACAUGAUUUACCAUGGUCACGGUAUUACAAUAGGAUCAGAGAUGAGUGCUGGGAUACGAAAUGUGACAUUCAUCAAUAUAACAAUGGAUGGAACGAGCAAUGGAGUGCGACUGAAGAGUCAACGUGGUCGCGGUGGAGUUGUUCGUGACGUUGUCUACAAGAAUAUCACCAUGAAAAAUAUCGGCACCUCUAUAGAUAUCACUCUUAAUUAUCAUCACGGAAUGAAGCCCACAAAUGCAACUGCUACACCAAAAUUUGAAAGAAUUACUCUUGAGCAAGUUUCUUCUAAUCACUCAAACGUUGGCUUUCUGAUUGAUGGCAUUCCUGAGUCACCAAUCAAGGAGCUGAGAUUGAUCAACGUUGACGUGGAUGCUGAGAAGAUUUUGGAGACAUGUGAGUAUGUAGAGGGAUCUUGUGCCAACUGCUCAUAUUGUCCAAAAUGUAUCAAAUGACAACUCGAGUGGUGACAUACUCAAAUGGAUACUGCAUGCCAAUCCAAAUGAUUAAUGUGUUAUUUAUCUGCACGUCUAUCUGCACAUCAAAUAGUCUGUCUGUACAAAUCAAUUGUCUGAAUACUCUCUGGUGUACUGAUGUGUUUGCGUCAGUGGUGUUUAU